CCGAUGGGCUGCUCAUGGAACAGUUCCCAACCAGAACCCGUCAGAACGACAACUCACUGAGUUCCUCCAAAACUGAAACCAACUGAAACCAAACAUGAAUCGCUGGACGAAUCGCGUCGCUGUCGUCACGGGGGCUAGCUCCGGAAUAGGAGCCGCCUGCUGCAAGGAUCUGGUCGCCAAGGGCAUGGUAGUGGUCGGUCUGGCCCGGCGCGAGCACCGCCUGCUGGAGCUGAAGGACUCCCUGCCGGCGGACCAGGCCAAGCGCUUCCAUGCCCGGAAGUGCGACGUCAGCAAGGAGCAGGAUGUGAUCGAUGCCUUCAAGUGGAUCGACUCGACCCUGGGCGGAGCGGAUGUCCUGGUGAACAACGCUGGCAUCGUACGCUCGAAUGUGGGCAUAACCAACGAGGGCAACUCCCAGGAUCUGCGCGACGUCCUGGAAACCAACGUCCUGGGCGUGGCGUGGUGCACCCGGGAGACGUUCCGCUCGCUCCAGGAGCGUAAAGUUGACGACGGACACAUCCUGAUCAUAAACAGUGUGGCAGGACACAGGGUUCCGAUAAUACCGCACUUCACCCUGGGCAUGUAUUCGCCAUCGAAGCACGCCAUCACGGCUCUCACGGAGACCCUGCGCCAGGAGUUCCUCCUCAAAAAGACCAAGACCAAGAUCACGAGCAUUAGUCCCGGGGCCGUCGACACGGAAAUUCUUGACAAAGCCAUUGUCGCGGCGCUACCCGAGCUGCCACCCUUGCUGCGCUCCGAGGACGUGGCCGAUGCGGUCACCUAUUGCAUCCAGACCCCUCCGAAUGUCCAGAUCCAUGAGCUGACCAUCAAGCCAAUUGGAGAGAACCUCUAGGAGGGCCUAGGUCAUUAAUAGAAUAACAUUUUAUUAACUCUUGUAACCCGCUUAUAAAAGUUGGUGUUCUAUGUGACUAACAUUAUCGAAAAUAGAUCCUAGAUUUUAUCGAUAAUCCAGAUCAUAAGAUCUUACAAACUAGCCACUUGGAGAGAACCUCAAGGGAACUCUAUUUCUUCAAGAAUAUCUAGCAAAACAUUUUUGUAACUUUUGUAACCCUUUUAUUAAACACUGUUGCCUUUAAAAA